AAUCGCCUCGGCCACCACCAGCAGUAUGCUGAAUUACCAGGACUUGGAGAUGGUCAAUGACUUUACUGACUUGGAGCGCUUCCUUAGCUACUCGCUCAAGUCGUCUAGUCUCAUCCAUCGGGUGACGAAAAACUACCAGGCCGAUGAGAAAAUCUCGAUCAACGACCAGAUCCAAAAGUACUUGAAGCUUCGUGCCAGCUUCAAGCAGACUCAGCUGAAGCGCAACAAGGGCAAUAAAAAGCUCAAGAGCACCUCCAUGCCGCCACCAGACCCUGGGCCUGUUCCCGAGCUGUUUAACGGUUUGAACAAUUUCGGGUCCAACUUGCUCACCGAGAACAACCUUUUUGACAAGUUGAUCAUCAACGACUUCAACGACGUUUCGGCCACCAAGGCGUGUGCCAUUUGUAGCAAGUCCACGUGUUUCUGCUUGGAUACUGAUAAGAAGUACUCUGACAGUACGUAUAGAUGAAUAAUGAAUUGCGGGUGUAUAAUAGAUGAUAAUGAAUGAGGUGUAUAAGGAUAAUGAUGAGGUGUAUAUAUGAUAAUGAUGAGGUGUAUAUAUGAUAAUGAUG